AUAGAUUUAUUAUCAUAAUUGAUAGUAUUCUGUGCUGUCAAGUUUUUUAUUAUUUGUGGAGGUUAUAUGAAUGUUCAUUUACAGAUAAUCAUGUUUCAAGUUCUUUUCAAUAAUUCAAGUCGAACAAAAAUAUUUACUGUUUGCAAUUUUCAUUCAACGCAGUUGCAAUGCCUCAAAGAAAAAACUUUCUCUCAAAAAUUAGAAGAGGGGCCAGAUUUAAAAGAUUUUAUUGCUGACACAUUUAAAGAAUAUGAUGGAAAGUUGAAAUUAGAAAAGGGAGAUAAAUCCCGUUUGAGAUUACCACCUUGGCUUCAAACAAAAAUACCUAUGGGUAAAAAUUAUAGUAGAAUAAAGGCACAGUUAAGACAAUUACAAUUAAGUACUGUAUGUGAAGAAGCACGAUGUCCCAACAUUGGAGAAUGUUGGGGAGGUGGUUCACAUGGAACAGCAACUGCUACAAUUAUGUUAAUGGGUGAUACAUGUACCCGUGGUUGUCGUUUCUGCUCUGUAAAAACGUCACGUACACCAUUACCAUUAAAUCCAGAAGAACCAAUAAAUACAGCAACUGCAAUAACAAAUUGGGGUUUGGACUAUAUUGUACUUACAUCAGUGGAUAGAGAUGAUUUAAGUGAUGGAGGAGCUAAUCACAUUGCAGAAACAGUGAAAGAAAUUAAAAAAAGAACCAAUAUUUUUGUGGAAUGUUUGGUACCAGAUUUUAGAGGAGAUAAAGAUUGUAUCAUAACAAUUGUAAAUUCUAAUCUUGAUGUAUUUGCCCAUAAUAUUGAAACUGUUGAACGUUUAACUCCAUUUAUUAGAGAUAGACGUGCUAACUAUAGGCAAUCAUUGAGGGUUUUAAAAACAGCAAAAGAAUGCAAUCCAGAAAUAAUUACAAAAUCAUCACUAAUGCUAGGAUUAGGUGAAACUGAUGAAGAAAUUGAACAAACAAUGAAAGAUUUGAAAGAUGUAGGUGUAAGUGCUUUAACACUUGGACAAUAUAUGCAACCUACAAAAAGACAUUUAAAAGUUAUUGAAUAUGUUAAACCUGAAAAAUUUAAAAAGUGGGAAAGUACAGGAAAUGAACUAGGAUUUUUAUACACUGCAAGUGGUCCAUUAGUGCGUUCAUCAUAUAAAGCUGGAGAAUUUUUCUUAACAAACAUAUUGAAAAAACGCAAAAGCAAACAGAUUAAGAACUAA